AUGUCCCCCGAGGCCUUGUUUGCUACCGUUUGGUUUUCGCCUUCUACCAUGAAGUCGAAACUCCGCACCAAAAUGGGCAAUUGCUUCUCAUCCUCCACCAAGACCAAGACCGAGAGCAUCUUCCACAUCGCGCCCGCUACGAUGCCCAAACUGGCCAUACCGCGGGACCAUCCCUCGCAUCCAGAUGAAGAAACAUCCCCUACCCCAAGAAGACUGGCCGUCGAGUGGGAUGACGGUAUUGAACGAGAAAGCAGCAUGAAGAUCAAGAAGCGAAUCGCACGAACCAGAAUGAGACAGGUUCCAGAACCACUGCAGAGUCCUCUGUUUGACACUCCGCUACGAGACAGUCGCUCCUUCUCCGCAUAUGUGUGGGAGCAGCUGGAGCGUUUGGACGAGGCCUGUGGGGGCGCGGGUACGAUUUCACGAAUUACGACGGCAGAUGGUUCGCUGGGACAGAGACGACGAAAGGGCAUCCGGUUCGAGGGGGUGGAUUCGGAGGGGAAGUCGAUCCUGACGAGUAGUGCGGAAAAACCGUGCAUCUAUGGCGCGUGCUUUGCAUUAUCUGGUGAUCGUGGAGGAAAGACAGGGCGCGCAGGAAUACCUGAGCGGGUCGAUUGUGAACAAAUAUCAGUGAACACCAUUGAAUGUACAUGUAGUAUACUGCGAGGGCCUUCUAAGCAACCAACUAGCAAUCACUUCAUUCACUACUGGCCUCAGGCUAUGGUUCAAGCUUAUGCUGGUGUUCAUCCUGAAGUCGACAUUGCUGUUGCCAGGAAUGGCAAUUGUCAUAUGAUCUGUACAAACAGUUUGCCAUACACUCCCUUAUACCCGCACACCUGGAGAUACCUACGCUUUUACGAAAGAGAAAACCAUCCACCAGCGACAAAAGCCACCUACUCUAGCUUAUCGACUGUUCCUAGUCUCCAAGCACCGACGCCACUUAAAUUCCAUUCGAAUCCUCCCACUUCGCGUGGGUCCACCACACGACUAUCUCGCCAUGUGCACAGUCAGUCCAUCCCUCUCUACCUCCCCCCCGCUCUCUCAUGUCACCAAACCGCAGAGACACAACUAACCACCACUUACUGUUCAUCUCUCCAACAGAUGUUUUGCUCCAUCGGUCACUCGGGCCCCCAUCCAGGCUGCCACUCCCAACUCCUCACUUACAUCCAACCCUGCGUUCCCAAGUCUGGCAAAGCCCCCAAAAAGUACCACUCUACCAUGUGUUUUCCCAAGGUGUUGACCGAGGUUUGGGGUCUGCCGCCACAAGGUUGCAAAUUGUACUGUGGGGUGUGUAAACGGAGCUUGAAUAUCACGGGGAAUGAGGGCGAUGAUGUGGGAAAAGGGUGGAGGGCGGAGAAGGGAAGGAGGGGGUGGAUGUUCAAGAGGGGUUGA